UCCAAAAUGGCGCCUGUUGCCACCGAGUUCGAAAAAAUCAUCAAUACCGCCCGAGAGCGCAAGAAGAACGAGGCUCUCGCCGACAAGAUCUUCUCCAGGGGCCGGCGCCAGAGCGCCCCGACAAACUCCAAGCCUCAGAUCGGAGCAUCGCUCGCCAGCCGUGUCGGCGUCAAGAAGCCCCAGAACAAAGCCGUCACCGCGCCUUCAUCCCGACGCCGUAGAGCGAGCGUGCCCGCCGGCGACGUCAACGGCGAAUGGACUCACGACCUGCACAGCUCCGUCAACUCCUCAUCCAAUGCGCCCCUCAGCUCCCGAGUCACCCUCCCCGGCGGUGCUGCCGCCAAAAAGGCCGCUGCUAAGAAAAAGGUCGCCCGGCUGACGGCUGCCUUUGACCGCAUGGAGACGGACGACUCCGUCAAGCGCCAGGUCAACAUUGUGAAGAACGGCGGCAAGCCCCAGAACCAGAACCAGACGCGAGAUGCCGGCAUGACGAUCAGGGGGCUCGCGGGGCCCUUUGCCGUCAUGGCGCAGAACUUUGCGCCUGGGACGACGGCGGCGGAUAUCGAGAGUGCAAUGACGCCGGUGGGGGGCGAGAUGGUCAGCUGCGAAAUCGUCAAGACGCAGCCAUUCAUCAUUGUCGAGAUGGCGUUUGCAUCGAGAGAGGGCGGCGAGAAAGUUAUUGAGACGUUCAACAACAAGACUGCCGACGGCAGAAUCAUCAAAGUCUACCCCAAGCCAGGCGGCUACAAAGCAAACCGCAACUCACCCUUCUCAGGACGCCAGAAGUCAUCCCAAGACGACCUCAUGGGCGACUACGAGCACGACCUCAUGGACAGAGAAAACGUGCCCCCCUCAUCAAGGGGCGGCAGCAACAACAACAGGCUGCAAUACAACAACGACGGCAAUAAGAAUAACAGCGUUAACAAGCGGGGCCGAGGAUUCCAAAGGGGCUCCAACAAUGGCGGACGAUAG